AUGCCGCUCCAGUCUCGCCAGCUCCGCACCUACUCGCGGCGCGGCGGGUACCUCCGCCUGCUGCCGCCUCCCGACCAGUGGGUUUCGCCGCCUCUGGACCGUAAACGGUUCUUCAGCUCCACCUCGGCCAGCUCCAGCACCGCCUCGGCCGGAUCCAGCGUCUUCUCGGCCUCCUCAGAAGACUCCGACUUCUCGCCGCCCAAAAAGUACCACCGCCAAGCACGGGGUAAGCUCCCAGCCCACUCCAUGCGCCUACGGACCCGCCGCCGCGGCGGCACAACGGAGAAGGAGAACCGCCCGCCAGAGCCGGCGGCCGCGGCCUGCCCCUCGCCCCUUCUCUUGCCCUCCCCGCGCCGCGCCGCCCGCCCCCAGAGGCCCUACAGAGAGCAGCGCCCCCUGCUGUGCAGCACCCCGCACUGCUCGUCCGCGCUCCGCCAGUCCCGAUCGGCCAAGCUCGGCUCCCCGGUUCUGCUCGGCACCACCGCGGAGAGCGGCUCGGGGCUGGACUACAGCCUGGAGCUCUACUCCCCGUCGUGCAAGCAGAGCCCCGCCUUGACCGGCAGCGCCCAGCGCUCGCUGGAGCCACCUCAUGGAGACUCGAAGCAGGUACCGCUGCCGGCGGAGGCUGACAGCGUGAGGAAGCAGGAGACUGGAGCUGCCCUGCCAGAAAGCAAAGGCAGGAGCCCUAAGACAAGCCCGGUGUUGCAAAAAUCCGACAGGAUUCUGAGGUCAUCAGUAGAGGGUUGCUGCCAGGCGCAAUCUCCCUUGUCCCCACAGGAAGGCACAAGCAGUGUUCAAGCAGAGCCAUCUCCCUCUCCCAUUACCAGGGAGCCACGGCACUCAACUUGGAAUAAGAGUGUCACUUCCGAGGAAAGCUGUGAGGAUGUAAAGAGAGAUCCAACUCCAGGAAGUCUCAGCUGUCAGGGAGGCCAAAUCAAUAACUUGUGUAUGCCAGUGGUGGUGUUGGACCCUCAAGAAGUGUCAGCAUGGCUGUCAAGCAGGAAGCUCCGCAAAAAGGCAGGUGUUCAACCUGCCUGCCAGCAGCCAGGAUCUCCUGUGGGCCUUCAAGGAAUUAUGGAUAACAGCUAUGGAGGUACCAAAAUUGUUCCUGGAGGGGGAAGUACCUGCAGGAAAGCUUGCAUCAGUGGCUUCAGUGCCAGACGCUGGGGAAGGGGGAAAAUAAGGCUCCGGCCAAAGAGGAGGAAAAAUAAGAGACUGCAGCAGCCUAAUAACUCAUUUCUCAGCUCACAAAUGAGGAAAAAAGGGAUGAAGAAGAGUGCUCUGGAGUUGUCUGUAGAGAUGACUAACAAUGACAAUUCACUCCUCAAUAACUCUUACAGCUGGCGUAGAAUUCGAGCCUCUUUGUCCUUCCACAAGAAGAUGGUUAACAGAGAAGAGAUUUCCUACAACAGCAUCCCUAGUACCCCUGCUGUGAAAUCCCAGCUUGCAGAGCACCAGACAAACCUAUCUGCUGCUACAACUCACUGCUCAGUUUGGUCUACUUCCUCCAUGCUACUGCUGGCUCCUACAACUUGCUGUUCUGACCUGGAGCUAACAGAUGCAGAGAAGGUGUUUGGGGAGUGCCAGCAGGAGGGGCCUAUCACCUUUGAGGAAUGCAUUCCUUUAGAUAAAAUGAAAGAAUGCAAGAAAAUUGGGGAAGGGGUGUUUGGAGAGGUCUUCCAGAUUGAGAGUGAAAGAGGCCCUGCAGCCUUGAAAAUAAUUCCCAUUGAGGGGUCUGAAAGGGUGAAUGGUGAAGUUCAGAAGAGCUUUGGGGAGAUUCUGCCUGAGAUAAUCAUUUCAAAAGAGCUCAGUCUUUUGUCUGAGGAGUCUGUGAAUAGGACUUUCGGGUUCAUCAGCUUGUACUCUGUGCACUGUGUCCAAGGGGCUUAUCCUAAGUACCUCCUGGAAGCCUGGGACAAGUACCACAAAGCAGCAGGAUCCGAAAACGAUCGGCCGGAUUUCUUUGGGGACGAGCAGCUCUUUAUGGUUCUGGAGUUUGAGUUUGGAGGCAGAGACUUGGAGCACAUGAGAAAGAGCCUUAAUUCGGUGCUCGCAGCAAAAAGCAUUUUGCACCAGGUCACUGCUUCCCUGGCUGUGGCAGAACAGGAGCUGUGCUUUGAGCACAGAGACUUGCACUGGGGGAACGUGCUGGUAAAGCAGACGGCUGCCAAAGAGCUCAGUUAUGUGUUGAAUGGGGUGAGGUGCACGAUCCCCACGGCAGGGGUUCACGUCAACAUCAUAGAUUAUACCUUGUCCCGGCUGGAGAAGGAUGGGCUGACUGUGUUUUGUGACCUUUCCACCGAAGAAGAACUCUUUCAAGGCACGGGGGACUACCAGUUUGAUAUCUACAGACAAAUGAAAGCAGAAAACUCCAACUGCUGGACUGCCUAUCACCCACACAGCAAUGUCCUCUGGCUGCACUACUUGUCAGGUAAACUUUUGAAAGACAUGACCUACAAGAAAACCAAAUUAUCCCCUCCCAUGAAGAAAUUGAAGAAGCAGCUCCUUCAGUUCCACGGAGAACUUCUGACCUUUGAGUCUGCCAAUGAUGUUUUACAGAACAGCAGCUUCUUCCAGUGA